AUGGGGGACGAUGCUCAAUCGCCAUUGCUGACUCUGCUUCGCCGUUCGACGGUCGCCGCCGUCGCGUGCGAGCGCCGCGGUCCGACCGGUGUCGCCGGCCCGAGGCCGAAGGCGGCGGCCCUCCUCGCGGAGAGGGGGUUGGAGGAGGAAUCGGAGGCUUGUGCCGCGGCCUCGGACGCCGGCUCGGAGAAGCUCUUCCACACCGCGUCGCUCACGAAAGGCUCGCGAGGCCCCACGUGUCCGGCCUCGCGCGCAGCCAGGAGCAGAGCAAGGAGAGCCUGCCGAGCCCCCCGGCCCCCCCCCGCCGGCGCCGCCGCCGCCGUCGCCGCCGCCGCCGCCGCCCCCCCUUCCGGGGCCCCGGCGACGCCGCGCCACGCCGGCGCCGAACGGCGCACGCCGCAGCCCAAGCCCCAGCUGCCUCCGCCGCAGCUUCGGCAGCCCUCGCUCACGCCGACGCAGACGGCCAGCGCGGUGCCCCAGUCGGCGGCCAGCACCCCCGCCCGCCUCGCCACCCCUCCGCAGCCGAGGCCUCAGUCGAGGCCGUCCAGCAACCCCCAGCCGCAGGCGCAGUCCAGGCCGCAACCGGCGUACAGCAGCGGCAUCAGCAGCGUCAACUCCAAGAGCAGCCGGAGCAGCACCCCGCUCAAGUACCUGACCCCGCCGGCGCACGCCCACGCGCACCGCCGUACGCCCACGCCGAGCCACACGCCAACGCCCUCCCUCUCGCUGCCUUACCCGGGCUACCCCCCGGGGCUGGCGCAGGGCUACGCCGCUCCGCCCACGCGCCAGCACGCCCACCGGCACCCGCACGGCCACCCCCACGGCCACCCGCACCUGGCCGACUUCUCGCCGCACAGCUGCCCGACGCCCCCGCUCAGGCACCCUCACGCGCCUCACCCCGCGGCGGCAAUGUUCGCGCCGCCCCCCACGGCCCCGCUCCCGUCGCCCGCCCUGCCCGUGCCCGGUCACCCCUCCAACCCGGCCGCCUACUCGCCAGAUCACGCCAGCCUGCCACUAGCCUACCUCCAGCCAAUCGUGUACUACCAGCGCCAGUUGGAGACUCUGAUUGGCUAUUUCCCGACUCCUCCUCCUCCUCCUCCACCUCCACCAAUCGCAUCACACCUGCCUCCUCCUCAGCUGGGCCUUAGCUGCCCGGAUCGGGAGUGCAAGUUCGACAAGUACCCCGCCAAGUUGGACAGCCCGUUUUACCGACCGUCGAGCUUUUUCCCGCCCUACCACUCAAGCAUCCCUGCGAUGCCACCGCUCUUCCCGCCUGCUCACUUCGGCUCGCUGCAGGGUGCCUUCCAGCCCAAGACGGCAAGUCCGAUGGACGUAGGCCCGGGCCGGGCGGGGUCGCUGCCAUCACACAGCCUGCUGACCAAGGACCCGCGGCUGACGGAUCCGUUUAGACAAACGCUCAAGAAGCCCGGCAAGUGGUGCGCUGCUCACGUGCAUAUCGCCUGGCUCAUUUACCACCAGCAGCAGAAGGCCAAGGCGCUGCAGAGCGACCCUCACAAGCUGGACCUGGGCCUCAAGCCUGAGCUGCUGGGCCCCGCCGGCCGGCCCGGCAUCCCGGGGCUCUUCCCCGGGUACCCGCACCCUGCCGACCUGGCACGGCCCGGCGCUCUCUUCUCCACGCCCGGCGGGCCUCCGGCGAACCCCUUUGGUGUGCCGCCCCCGCAACACAACAGCUUCCUCAGCCCACCCGGUCACCUCGCGGUGGACCCCUUCGGCCGGCCGAGCGGAUUCACUGGACUCGGCAACCUGAGCACGAGCGCGUUCGGGGGCCUGGGGAACCCCACGCUGGCCUCCAGCAGCGCGCUGUUCGGCGCCAAGGAGGGCCCGCCGUUCCCGGGCUUCUCGAACCCCCACGAGCCGUGGAACCGGCUGCACCGCACGCCACCCUCCUUCCCCACGCCGCCGCCCUGGCCCAAGCCGGGCGACGCGCCCGAGCGCAGCUCCUCGGCGAGCCAGGAGCGCGAGCGCGAGCGGGACAGGGAGCGCGAGAGGGAGCGCGAGAGGGAGCGCGAGCGGGAGCGGAGCCAGGACCGCGAGCGCAGCAACGCCGCGGCCGCCGCGGCCGCCGCCGCCGCGGCUGCGGCUGCGGCGGCGGCGGCGGCGAGCAGCACGGCUCACGAGAGGGAGCGCAACGGCGGCCUGUCGGGCCACGAGAGGGAGCGCAGCCACUCGGCGAGCGUGGACAGGGAACGGGGAGGCCACCUCGCCGGCGCGCCGGACAGGGAGAGGGCCCAGCCGGCCGGCGCGCCGGACAGGGAGCGCAGCUCUUCGGCCAACGCCGAGCGCGAGCGCGAGCGAGGCCAGAUGAUCCCCGCGCAGGCGAGGGAGCGGCCGUUCCCCGGCCACGGAGAGAGGGAGCACGGCCAGGAGAGGGAACGCGGUCACGAGAAGGAGCGCUGCUCGCAGCCGGCCAAUCACGACAGGGAAAGGGCGUCCGCCGUGCCCAAUCACGACAGGGAGCGCCCUUCGCUGGCCAAUCACGAGAGGGAACGUGGGUCGGCGCCGCCGCCCAUGGCGCUCCCGGAGAGGGAGAGAAGCGGCCUGCUCACGCUGGCAAAUCAGGAGAGAGGAGACGUCGAAAAACGUGACCUUGGCUUCAGCAAGGAUGACAAGGAGAGAGAAAGGGACGCUUGCGAGCGCGGCCGCAUCCCGAGCCGGCCGUCGCCCAUGGCGACGUCGCGGACGCCUCCCUUCCCCGGCUACGACGGACUGCGGGAGGCCGAGCGGCCGCGCGCCGACCUUCCCGAGCGCCAGGGCGGCGUUCCCGAGCCGCCCGACAGGCCCUCGGGCCGCGGCGGCGGCGACCGGGAGGCGCCCCCAGACGUCCGGAAAGACGGCCUCACCGCCGCCGCGGCAUCCGCCGCUCCGCCCGUGGAGACACGGCCCAAGGAGGAGGCGACGUCGCCCACGGAGGGGAGAGUCGGCCUGGCGGAGUCGCGGGCCAAGGAGGCGACGACGGCGGCGCCGUCUCUGCGCGAGAGCCUCGGCGACAAGCGCAACGGGGACGACGGCGGCGGCGGCGGCGGCGCCGCGGUCGGCGGCCGCGCCCGCUGCAUCUCGCCGUUCUGCCGUCCCCACGGGGCCGCGCUGCCCGGGCUGAGCGGGCCAGACACGGCGGCCGCGGCCGCGGCGGCGGCGGCGUCCGGGCGGCAGAGCGGCGGCGCCGAGAGGCGGGCGCAGCCGUUCGUGUCGGGACUGGGCGAGCUGCAGCGCGUCAAGGAGGAGCGCAAGGAGGAGAGCGAGACGCAGCACUCGCUGGGCGCCGCGGCCAUCAUCACCAGCAGCGGCGGCGCGGGGCCCGGCGUCGCCUCCUUCGUGGGCGCACGUCCCGGCGACCCGUACCACCACCUGGCGGCCGGGCUGCCCCCGCAGUCUCACCCGCUGCCGCCCAGCUCCGGCAUGCUGAGCGGCUCGCACUCCUCCAACCUGGCGCUGCUCGACCGGACUCGCCUGCUGUCGGCGGCCACGGGCGUGGGCCAGGGCCACUACCUGGGCAUGCCCCACCUGGGCCUCCAGAGCCGCGACCCGCGGUUCCCGCCGCAGCACGCGCAGCACCACAACCACAACCACCACCCGCAGCAGCCCCCCCCGCACCAGCAGCAGCACCACCCCAUGAUGAACCCGCCGCCGCCCUGGGUGGACGCCAGCGCGUUCCGUGACCCCUACAGACUGGGCCUCGACCUCUCGAGCCUGCCGGGCGCGCACCGUUUCCCCGGGCCGUCGCACGCGGCGGCGGUGGCGGCCGCGGCGGCGGCGGCCGCCGGCGGCUUCUACGGCGCCGAGAGCUACCGGGACCGCGAGCCGCACGACUACAACAACCUGCUGGAGGUGCGGCGGGGCGAGGUGGAGCGCGACGAGCGGGAGAGGCUGCAGUCGUUCCGCGACGACCUGGAGCGGGCGCGCGCCACCCAGCACGCGCUGCGCAACCCGUCAGCGGCGGCCGCGGCCGCGGCGGCGGUGGCCGCGGCCGGCAUGGACCCUCUCGCCGGCGCGCAUUACCACCCGCACCACCACCAGGGCUUCCUGUCGCCGCUCGGCCCGCUGCACUAUCCCGGCUCCAGGCCCGGCCUGCCGCACGGCAUGCACAACGGCUUCCUGAGCGGACCCGGCGGCGUGCCGGGAGGGGGCAAGCCCGCCUCGCUCGCGCCGCCGAUGCCGCCGCAGCCGCAGCCGCCGUCGGCGUCGGCGGCCGCCAUGGGGGGGCCCCCGCCGCUCAUCCCCACGGGCGUGUCGCACCCGAUGUCCCCGCGGCAGCCCGCGGCGCUCACGCCCCUGGGGGAGCCCAGCGACCGCUCGCCUUCGCGCAAGGAGGUGGAGGCGCGGUGAGCGCCGCUCAGCCGUCGCCGCCGCUAGCGGAGCCGGUUAGGUUUUUGUUUCGUGUGUAAUGGAUAACAGUCGUCGCACCAACUUCGCCUUGGGCCGGCACGGCCGGCUGGCUUCGCCGUGCGAGCGGCCGGCCGGCCGGCGGGCCCCGCUUGGCAACGGAUAUAGGCCGGUCAGGUUCAUCAAAGUUGGAACUAGAUCCGUGACUUUUAAUUUAAGGAACGCUCAGCUCUUGAUAAGUUACACAUCCGACAGGAAUUAUUUGUGCACUUUGGCGGCAAGCAAAAAUGAUGGUGGCGAUGAUGAUAAAAAAAGUUAAUACCGUUAGGAAUAAUAUCAUUUUAAUAAUAAUAAUAAUAACGUUCACGUCUCGGCGGAUGUGGACACGCGACGAUGGAGGGGUGGGGGAGCCCCCAGGACUGCCGAGAGGUGCGGUCUCCCCCCCGUCGCGCGGAAUUUUUUCCGAACACCGCACGGCCAAUUGGAGACGACACAUCCCUCGCGCGCCUCUCACCCCCCACCCCCCACGGGCACGCAACCGCGGGGGAAGAUUCCGAGAUGGUGAACUCGAGAGCAAGUCCGACAGAGUCCGGGGAGGAACGGUCGCAAAGCUGUGGGACGAUCGCCUCCGGAGAGAGAGAGAGAGACCCUCUCGGCCCCGUAGGAAACAAAACAAACGAAUAUAAAAUCUACAACAAAUGGAAGCGUAUAUUUAUUUUGAAGAAAGAAAAAAGAAAGCACGACGGCCCGCGUGGGAAUUCGUCGCGCAAGGAGAGAGAUUGAAUGCGUUUUGCGCGGCGAUUAUCGAGUCGCUGCGAGGGGCGUCUCUGCGGCCCUCCCCAACGGCGACGGGCUGAAGCUUCUCGAGCCUCUUGGCGACGCGCGAGGUGAAUCCGAGCGGCGGAGGGCGUGAAUAAUCGUCCGUCUGUCGGGAACACGGGCGGCGGGGGUGGGUCUGGUCGCCAGGGAGCGGGGCGGAGGAACGAGUGGAGCGCGAGAAUCCCGGCGGCCGGCCGUGACCGUGGCGGCGGCUGCCCUCCCCCUACCACAGAUUUCAGAAACGAGCGGAUGUUGUUUUGUCUUCUCUGAUGCCGUUUGGCGCCAUUCUCGCUUCGUCACGACGCCAGGAACUGGCUUCGUCUCUGCAACGCGGUGGUCCCACCGGAGUCUGCAGCAGUCGACACACGUGGCUUUAAGUUUUUUGUUUCUUUUUGUUGUCGCUAUUGUUAUCGAUACUAUAAUUAUCAAUUAAUUACCCAUGGCAAAACAUCACGCGCUUUGGCGGGAAGGGAGACACGAGGCGCGGCGUCACACUUUACACGGAGCCCUGAGGGUCGGUCGGUUGCGGCCUUGUCUACUCCAGUUGGGGUCGGGGAGGGGGGGCAUUGUCAGGUCUAGUCUGGGCUUGGAUCUGGCUCUGGGUCUAUCCGAGUCUGGCCUGGGUCCGGUCUGGUCUGGUGGUGGGGGUCUUAUAUCUGGCCUGGGUUUGGCCUGGGUCUUGUUUGGCCAGUGUCUGAUGGGAAAAGGGGUGGGGGGGGUGAAUCUAGUCUGGAUCUGGCUUUUGUGACUGCUGGGAGCAGUCUGGAGCAGAUUGUUUGAAUCUACUGCAUCUGUGUGAGAUUCCUUGAGCGAGGUCACGGCGGGAGGUCACCGCAGAGCAACGCACACGACGGGCGGGUGGAUUGACGGCGCGCGGCUCGUCGCCCACACGGGCAAGCCCUGGCUCUCCUCGCCCUCUUCAAUUUCCGGCACGGGAGUAUUUUUGAAGCGGAGUGCGUGGCUUCAUUAUACGCACGCCGGCUCUCGGGUUAAUUGUGAAUUUCACUGUAACUGUUGCAGCGCUUUUCUUUUCUCGUUUGUACGCUGAAGUGAGAAGAAGAAGUGUUACCCAAGUGUGAAGCGUAAAAAUUGGGGAGAGGGAGGAGCGAGUGGCGGGGGGAGGGGGUUAAAGAAACAAAAAACGUGGAGACAAAAAAAAUACGAAAAAAAUGUAUUUCCUGUAUUUAAAAUCGCUAUUAUUUAUCAUCAUGUGUAUUUCUCAAAGUCUUUCAAGGAUGUCUGUAAAGUUGAACAUUUAUACCAGGAGGUGGGCGGGCGAAUUCUGUGUCGCCUGCGUGCCCGAUGCCCACAUCCCCACUCUGUACACUCUGCUAUUUUAUAUGCAAUCUGACCUUCGUCAAAUCUCCCAAUGUGCUGUGUAAAUAUACUUUACCCAUAAUCCCACUCACCCGCCUCCCACCUUACCACCCACACCCUCUAAGAGUCUGUCCCUUCUCUCUCUCUCUGCCCCCCUCCGCCCCCCACCGUUUCUGUAAAGAAACACUGUCUUGUAGAAAUACUGAGGAUAAAUACAAGUACGUUUUGAAACUGA